AUGGAUUGGUGGAACCUUACAAUAGAGGAUAUUCAGAGCAAUUGCACUUCCGAAUUCUCUGAUCUUUUACAAGUGAUCAAGAAGCGUCGAUAUCACGAUCUUGAUAAACAACCAAUACCGGAAAUAAAACUCGAUGGUAACACGGAGCAGUGUGUAGAAGCAGUCGGAGAAGCAGUGGAGAUAAGCACUAGACUAAUGGAUGAAGUGAGCCAGGUCAUCAACGACUAUACAAACACAGCUGCCGAGUUUGUUAAAAACUAUGAUGCAUGCGAGGACAUAUUGAAACAACUAAAUUUGGGAGGAUAUCUCUUGAGUAUUCACAGCGAGGUUCUUGAAGAUUGCCUCAUAGAUCUUGAUUCAGAUGCCGAAGAAUCACUAGCAAUUGCAAAAUCUUUAAAAAAGAGAUUAAAAAGUUCCCAGGCACGAUUUGACAAACUUGCUGUCGAGCUUCGUCGGCUGUCCAAUAUCCAAUCAAUCAAAGACAAAAAGAACCAAGAAAAGCUUUUGAAAGAGUUACGGCAGCUAUGUUUUGAUGCAAAAACCAAAGACCGCUCUUUGUACAAUAAGGAGAUGCGUUUGGACCAGAGCGUAGUGUACAUGCUAUCAGAGCCUUCUUUUCGGGUAAUACCGCAGAAGGUCAAGGAAGACUUUUUAAAUGAAGACGGAAGUGUGCGUCCAUAUCUGGCCCACAAAUUGAUAGCCGAAAAGCUUGAAAAAAAACGAGAGCAGGCUGAUACCAGCGGAAUCCAGGAUGUAUUACAGUUCUUUGGAUUAAAACUUACACUGCCUUUCAAUUAG